AGAAUUAUUAGCUACAUUAUUAUUUCAAUAUAAUUUAUAGGGAAUUAUAUAAUUUUUUUACGAUGAUCUUCUCUUUAAACGAACUAGUUCACUGGUUAGGUUUAACGAUCUUUGAGAUAUGGAUCAAUUUAAUUGCCUUAAUGUUCUUCACUAUUUUGCUAGCUUUAAAAUUAGAUGAAAAUUUAUUUUUGGGACCAUCAGGAUGGUGGGAAGUAUUUUCGCCGCUCUUUAUAGCAGAUGGUUUAAAUACGUAUUUUUGCGCUAUUAUUUUUAUAAGAAUGUAUAUGGAAGGAAUGAUUAGAGCAGGCAUUUUGCGAGCUCUAUGGAGUCAAAUAUCAUUAUUAUUAAUUUUUGUGUUUAAGUAUCUUCUGUGUAAAAAGCUCUCUGGACAAAGCACGUUGGAGUAUUCUGAAGUUUUGAGUCCUGUAUUUAUUCUUCUGCAAUUGAUUGCUGUCAGAGCUUGUCAAUUACAUUAAGAAAAAUAGAAGAAUUUUCCUGUACUACUUCGAUACUUCCAGAGUCAUCAUCUAUAAACAACUGACCAGCAAUCCAGGUGCUUUAUGUGGGCAUAUAUGCCCCCUCCAGUCCUCUUCAGCCAAGAUCAAUAAUCCUAACUGAGACAGUGGAUGUAUUCAGUGAGAAGGGGUGCGUGAAUCAAGUCAUUCUAUAGGUAAAGCCUGUUGCUGCUACCACAUUUCACAAGUUCACAGAAUGUGCUACAUUAAACGCCACAUUAAUUGUCUGUCAUAAGACUGAUUAUCAAUUACAAGAUUUAGUGAUGUGCUGUGGAUAUACCGAGGGAUUA